UACAGGCAUGAGCCACUGCACCCGGCCACUUUAGACUAUUUAUGACCGUAAAUGUUAGUGCUGGAAUCCAACUCUAAAAACUUUAUUCCUUUGGAAAACACACCUCCCUCCCACCUCAGAAAAACCCCCCAAACACACAAGAUGGGCAUGAGGUAAUAUUGAAAGACAUGACAAUAUCAUCAUUCCUGAUUUAAAAGUUGGAAACGUGGUGAACCUAGAAGUAUUUAUUGCUGGAUUUGUCUUCAGGUUCUGUUGUCCAGUUUUCUAGUGCCCGACCUCGUCUGGGUUACUCCACAGCUACUUUUGCAUUACAAUGGCCUUGGUGAGACUGGCAGACGGGAUUAACUGAGAAUUCACAAGGGUGGGGGUGUGCUCGCCAGGAGGGGUGGGUCGAAGGGUGAUAGAGCUUUCUUUAUAAAUCUAGAGACUCCAGGCUUUUAACAUUUUGCUGGACUGAGCUGGUUGCCUCCUGUUGCUGUGAAGGCGACUCACUUCAUCCCAAAUUCUUGAUACUUUCGCUCCUGGAGGUCAUAUUUCUCUAAGAUCUUCCAGAAAAAAGUCUUAAAGCCAUCUUAGCCUUUUUUCCAGUCCACUUGUUAAAUUUUUCCUACUCUUCUCCAAUAAUGACAUGAGUGUGAAUCCAGCUUGUCCAUAAAACCUGCCUUGCUCCGAAGCAUCCGACUGUAAAGACUGGUCACCUCCACCUGCGGUUUGUGGGUCUGAAGAAAACCAUCCAUCCUUGCAAAUGUCUUCUGCUGAGAUGCCUCACACGGAGACUGUCUCUCCUCUUCCUUCCUCCACGGAUCUGCUUAUUCAGGACAGCCCCGAUUCUUCCACCAGUCCCGAAGGCAAACAAUCCGCUUCUGCAGAGAAUAGUGCCACAAAAAAGGAAGACAAGGUCCUGGUCAAGAAACAGAAGGCCAGAACUGUGUUCUCUUCCCCCCAGCUGUGUGUAUUCAAUGAUAGAUUUCAGAGACAGAAAUACCUCAGCCUCCAGCAGAUGCAAGAACUUUCCAACAUCCUGAACCUUAGCUACAAACAGGUGAAGACCUGGUUCCAGAACCAGAGAAUGAAAUCUAAGAGGUGGCAGAGAAACAACUGGCCAAAGAAUAGCAAUGGUGUGACUCAGAAGGCCUCAGCACCUACCUACCCCAGCCUCUACUCUUCCUGCCACCAGGGAUGCCUGGUAAACCCGACUGGGAACCUUCCAGUGUGGAGCAACCAGACCUGGAACAAUUCAUCCUGGAGCAACCAGACCCAGAACAUCCAGUCCUGGAGCAACCACUCCUGGAACGCUCAGACCUGGUGCACCCAGUCCUGGAACAAUCAGGCCUGGAACAGUCCCUUCUCUAACUGUGGAGAGGAAUCUCUGCAGUCCUGCUUGCAGUUCCAGCCAAAUUCUCCUGCCAGUGACUUGGAGGCUGCCCUGGAAGCUGCUGGGGAAGGCCUUAAUGUAAUACAGCAGACGACUAGGUAUUGUAGUACUCCACAAACCGUGGAUUUAUUCCUAAACUACUCCACGAACAUGCAACCUGAAGAUGUGUGAAGAUGAGUGAAAAUGAUAUUACUCAAUUUCAGUCUGGGCACUGGCUGAACCUUCCUUUUCCCUCCUCCCCUCCCUGAUAGGAUUUUUCUUGUUUGGAAACCACGUGUUCUGGCUUCCAUUAUGCCUAUCCAGUCAGUUUGAUGGAGGGUGGAGUAUGGUUGGAGCCUAAUCAGAGAGGUUUCUUUCUUUUUUUUUUUCCUAUUGGAUCUUCCUGGAGAAAAGGCAUUUUAAUAACCUUGACUGCUAAAGACUACUUGAUACUAGCUGUCUCUGGCUAUAGAUAACUAGAUCUAAUACUAGUUUGGGUACCUUUAGGGUUUAGAAUCUAACCUCAAGAAUAAGGAAAAAAAUAAGAAUAAGAAAUAGAAGUACAAAUUGGUGUGAUGAAAAUAUAUUCCUAUUGUUUGGAAUUGGGAGGCUUUGCUUAUUUUUUAAAAAACUCUACUGAGGCCGGGCGCGG